AUUAGCGGCUCUUCUCCCGAGCCACCCGAAGCAAGUCAGACUAAUAUUGCAGACGUAGCGGAUGGUGCUGCACAUAUAGCUGACCCCGGUCCUAAUGCCGACGACGGGGAAGAGAUGCUGGAGAGAAUAGACACAGACCUAGGAGGAUCUGAUAGCUCGCCUACCGGCGAUUCGGUUGAUGGCAGCAACUUCAUACUGGCUGGAGCUUCGAUCACUCCCGAGGCGUCUCCUUCAACAGAAAUUGUAGGAUUGCGAGAGGGAGUCCAAAUAGCACCACUCGAAACCGAGGUCACGAGGACCGUCCAAGGUCAUCGUCAAGCCAUCACCUCUACUCCUGCCGCUACAAGUUCAAGUGGGUUUGUGAUCGUACAGUGGGCCAAAUAA